CCUGACACCCCGUGACGUCACGGGCUGUCCGCGCCCCCGUCCCGUGACGCCACAGCUCGCACACCCGCUCCCUGACGUCACGGAGCGCGCACGACUCCUCACAGCCACCCCGUGACGUCACCCGCCCGUGACGUCACCCGCAGUUCCCGCGUUCCCCGCGCGGGGUCGCCCCGCGCGCCCGCCCAUCGAUCGCUCGGCGCUCGCCGUCCCGGCGCGGGCCCGGCGGCGGCAGGCGGGCGAGCGGAGCGCCGAGAUGAGCCUGGCGGAGGGCCGCGCCCCGCGGAGAACGGCCGGGAAUCGCCUCCCGGGGCUGCUGCAGGCCCAGGACGAGGAGGACGAGUUCUACCAGACCACCUACGGCGGCUUCAACGAGGAGUCCGGGGAUGACGAGUACCGCGGGGAGCACUCGGACAGCGAUGACGAGGUGGACUCGGACUUCGACAUCGACGAGGGCGACGAGCCGGGCUCGGAGCAGGACGAGGCCGAGCCGCGGCGGCGCCGGCGCGUGCUCACCAAGGCCUACCGGGAGCCGCUCAAGAGCCUCCGCGCCAAGAAGGCGGAGGGGCCGCGGGGAGCGUCCCAGAAGAGCAGGGAGGUGAAAUCCGUGCCCCUGGAGCUGCAGGAGGACGUGGGAGACAGCCGCAAGCACAUGCGCCAGUCCACCACGGAGCACACGCGGCAGACGUUCCUGCGGCUGCAGGAGCGCCAGGUGCAGUCCAAGAGGAAGAAGGGAGGGACCAGCUACGAGCGGCCCCUGACCCAGGAGGAGCUGCUGGAGGAGGCCAAGAUCACCGAGGAGAUCAACCUGCGCUCCCUGGAGAACUACGAGCGGCUGGAGGCGGACAAGAAGAAGCAGGUGCAGAAGAAGAGGAAGAUCGUGGGCCCCGUGAUCCGGUACUGGUCCCUGACCAUGCCCCUGCUGCCCGAGCCCGGCCGCGACGACCCCGUGGACGUCGAGGGGCUGGACCCCGAGGCGCAGCCCGCCGCCGCCGCGGCGCCGCCGUCGCCGGGGAAGUGCUCGCGCACCUUCAUCUCCUUCAGCGACGACGCCACCUUCGAGCGCUGCUUUCCCCGGGCCAAGGCGCCGCGGCUGCCGGUGCGGGAGCUGUGCCCCGUGACCCACAAGCCGGCCCUGUACCGCGACCCCAUCACCGACAUCCCCUACUCCAACGCCCGCGCCUUCCGCAUCAUCCGCGAGGCCUACCGCAAGUACGUCACGGCCCACGGGCUGCCCAGCGCCGCCGCCGCCGCCGCCGCCGCGCCCGCCGAGAGCCCCGGGGCACGGCCCGGCAGGCAGAAGAUCGUCAUCAAGCAGAGCGUGCCCAGCGCCUGAGAGCCAGAUUUGGGGUUUGGGAUUUGGGGUAUGGGAGAGUCGUUCCUAAAAUGGCAGAAGAUCGUCAUCAAGCAGAGCGUGCCCAGCGCCUGAGAGCCAGAUUUGGGAUUUUGGGGUGUUGGGGUAUGGGAGAGUUGUUCCUAAAAUGGCAGAAGAUCGUCAUCAAGCAGAGCGUGCCCAGCGCCUGAGAGCCAGGAUUUGGGAUUUUGGGGUGUUGGGGUAUGGGGCACGAGAGAGUCCUUUCCAAAGCAGCAGAAGAUCGUCAUCAAGCAGAGCGUGCCCAGCGCCUGAGAGCCAGAUUUGGGGUUUGGGAUUUGGGAUUUGGGGUAUGGGAGAGUCCCUCCCAAAAUCAUCAUCAAGCGGAGCGUUCCCAGUGCCUGAGAUUUGGGAUUUGGGGCUAUUGGGGUGUUGGCGUGUGGGAAACUCUGGACUCUGCAUCCCUCUCAAAACAGCAGAAGAUCGUCAUCAAGCAGAGCGUGCCCAGCGCCUGAGAGCCAGGAUUUGGGAUUUUGGGGUGUUGGGGUGUGGGAGAAUCCCUCCCAAAAUCAUCAUCAAGCAGAGCAUUCCCAGUUCCUGAGAUCCAGGAUUUGGGAUUUUGGGAUUUGGGGUAUUGGGGUAUGGGAGAGUCCCUCCCAAAAUCAUCAUCAAGCGGAGCGUUCCCAGUUCCUGAGAUCCAGGAUUUGGGAUUUUGGGGUGUUGGGGUUUUGGGGUGUGGGAGAGUCCCUCCCAAAAUCAUCAUCAAGCGGAGCAUUCCCAGUUCCUGAGAUCCAGGGUUUGGGAUUUGGGGUAUUGGGGUAUGGGAGAGUCGUUCCUAAAAUGGCAGAAGAUCGUCAUCAAGCAGCGCCUGAGAGCCAGAUUUGGGAUUUUGGGGUAUCGGGGUGUUGGGGUGUGGGAGAGUCCUUCCCAAAAUCAUCAAGCAGAGCAUUCCCAGCGCCUGAGAUCCCGGAGUUGGGGUUUGGGGUGUCGGGAUAUCGGGAUUGACAGCGGUGAUGGUUUUGUUGAGGGGCUCCCUUCCAGAGCAGCAGAAAAUCUUCAUCAGCGAAGUGUCGGCAGUGCCUGAAAUCCUGGGAUUUCGGGAUACUGGGGUGCUGGGAUUUGGGAUUUAGGGAUAUGGGAUCACCCGGAGUGGUGUUUUUUUGGGGUCACUGCUCACCAGGGGUGUUGGAGGAGGGAAUAAAGUUGCCUUGGGGGUUGGUUUGUGUGGGGUGGUGGGAGAUCCUACAAGAAUACGGGGCAGGAGCCCCUUUUUCCAGGAGAUCCUACAAAAGUUUGGGUGGGAGCCCCUUUCUUCAGGAGAACCUACAAUAAAUAAAGUGUUUUGCAGAACCCUUUCCUGGAAUUCCUACAAAAAAUACGCGGUGGGAGCCCUUUUCCCAAGAAAUCCUACAAUAAACAAGGUUCACGAACCUUGGUUAUUUUCCAUGAA